CGCGCCGCCGCCGCCGCCGCCGCCGCCGCCGCCCGGGCCUCGCUGCUCGGCGCGCCGCCGCUCUGGUGCCGGCGGUGCCUCCCCGCUGGCGGCGGGGCCCGGCCGCCGCGCCCGCGCCAGUGUGUGCGCAACAGGCGGGCGCCGGCGGAGCUGCGGGCGCCGGCGAAGGAGCGCGACCGGUGACCGAGAGGCCGGGGGCGGUGAGCGAGCGCCCGCCCGCCCGGGGCCGGGCAUGUGCGGCGGGGCGGCGGGCAGGGCGCCCGGGCAAGGGCGUUUGAAGGAAACGUGAGGCGCGGCGGCGGCGGCAUGGACGCGGCGCCGGGCCGGAGCCCCGAGCCGCCGGAGAAGCCGCCGGUGCUGGACGGGGAGGCGGCGAGGGCGCCCGCGGGGGCGGCGGGCGCGGACACGGCCUCGCCGGCGGCGGCGGAGCAGAUCGUGGCGGAGGGCGAGGCGGCGGCGGCGGGCACGUUCGUGCAGCGGCAGCUCGGGGCCAUGCUGCAGCCCGCCGUGAACAAGUUCUCGCUGCGCAUGUUCGGCAGCCACCGGGCCGUGGAGAUCGAGCGGCAGCGGGUGAAGUCGGCCGGCGCCUGGAUCAUCCACCCCUACAGCGACUUCAGGUUUUACUGGGACCUCAUCAUGCUGCUCCUGAUGGUGGGGAAUUUGAUCAUUCUGCCUGUGGGCAUCACCUUCUUCAAGGAUGAGAACACCCCUCCCUGGAUCGUUUUCAAUGUGCUUUCGGACACUUUCUUCUUGGCUGACCUGGUGCUGAACUUCCGGACAGGCAUUGUGGUGGAGGACAACACAGAGAUCAUCCUUGACCCUCACACCAUCAAAAUGAAGUACUUGAAGAGCUGGUUCCUGGUUGACUUCAUCUCCUCCAUCCCUGUUGACUACAUCUUUCUCAUUGUUGACCUGGAGACCCAGGUGGAUUCUGAUGUCUACAAGACAGCCCGGGCCUUGCGCAUCGUCCGCUUCACCAAGAUCCUCAGCCUGCUGCGCCUGCUGCGCCUCUCACGCCUCAUCCGCUACAUCCACCAGUGGGAAGAGAUCUUCCAUAUGACAUACGACCUGGCCAGUGCUGUGGUGAGGAUCUUCAACCUCAUUGGCAUGAUGCUGCUGCUGUGUCACUGGGAUGGCUGCCUGCAGUUCCUGGUGCCCAUGCUGCAAGACUUCCCGCGGGACUGCUGGGUCUCCAUGAACCAAAUGGUGAAUGACUCCUGGGGGAAGCAGUACUCGCACGCCCUGUUCAAGGCCAUGAGCCACAUGCUCUGCAUUGGCUACGGUCAGCAGGCACCUGAGGGCAUGACUGACGUCUGGCUUACGAUGCUGAGCAUGAUCGUGGGGGCCACCUGCUACGCCAUGUUCAUCGGCCAUGCCACCGCCCUCAUCCAGUCUCUGGACUCGUCCCGGCGCCAGUACCAGGAGAAGUACAAGCAAGUGGAGCAGUACAUGUCAUUCCACAAGCUGCCUGGGGACACGCGCCAGCGCAUCCAUGAGUACUACGAGCACCGCUACCAGGGCAAGAUGUUUGAUGAGGAGAACAUCCUGGGGGAGCUCAAUGAGCCGCUCAAAGAGGAGAUCAUCAACUUCAACUGCCGCAACCUGGUGGCCAACAUGCCCCUGUUUGCUAACGCAGACCCCAACUUUGUGACGGCCAUGCUGACCAAGCUGCGCUUUGAGGUCUUCCAGCCUGGGGACUUCAUCAUCCGUGAGGGCACCGUAGGCAAAAAGAUGUACUUCAUCCAGCACGGGGUGGUCAGCAUCCUCACCAAGGGCAACAAGGAGACAAAGCUGUCUGAUGGCUCCUACUUUGGGGAGAUCUGCCUGCUGACGCGGGGCAGGCGGACAGCCAGUGUGCGAGCUGACACCUACUGCCGCCUCUACUCUUUGUCAGUGGAUAAUUUCAAUGAGGUGCUGGAGGAGUAUCCCAUGAUGCGCAGGGCCUUUGAGACGGUGGCCAUGGACCGGCUGGACCGCAUAGGGAAGAAGAACUCCAUUUUGCUCCGCAAGCGAGCCGAACACAGCUCGGGGCCCAUGAACAAUGAGAUGAUCCAGCAGAUCGUGAAGCACGACCAGGACAUGGCUCACAACAUCCAGGACCUGCAGCAGAUGGCGAUGGGCCGGGAGCUGAGCGGCAAGCCGGUGAUCUGGGAGCCGCUGGUGCACGCGCCCCUGCAGACGGCUGCUGCGACCACCAACGUGGCCAUUGCCUUGACCCACCAGCACAGCCUGCAGGCCCACAUCUUCCUGCCGCCCUCCUCCAUCUCCAGCCCGCUCUCUCCUGAGGCCACCCUGCUCACCAAGCAGGUGCGCAGGUCCCAGCCCAGCCUGGGGGGCUCCCGGCCCUCCUCCAUGAGCUCCCCAUCGGGGGCGCAGUCCCACCUCCAGACGCCCACCGCUGGUUCACCUUCCUCCCCCAUGGUGCAGUCCCAGGCACCCCUGGAGAGCGGGGGGCAGAGACCGAGCGCUGGGGCACCGCGCACGGCGCAGAAGGGGGAGCCGCCAGCAGCAGCCAAGCAGCCCCUCGCCGGCCCCCAGCCCCAGCUCUCCAAGUCCCGCGGCGCCUCAGUCUCCACCUCCCUGCUGCAGCAAGCAGCGGGGGCUCCAUCCCCCAGCUCGGAGCAGGCGCUGCCGUCGGGGAGAACGCUCCACUACAGCCUGUCCCGAGCCACCGGCUCCCACAUCUCUCUUCUGAUGCAGCCUCAGCAGCUGGUGAAGCACAGGAGCAUCCAGGGCUUGCCAGUGGGGCGGCUCACCCACGAUGUCCGGCUCCUCUCCGCCUCCCAGCCUUCCCUUCCCAAUAAAGUGGCCCAGCAAGCUGAUGUGGGCUCCUUGCAGCAGGGCAGGAAAUCUGCCGGGAACCUGGCCCGCAGAUCCUCUCCCUCAGUAGCCGGACUCCUUGCCAAGCCAUGUCCGGCGAUGCCAGGCCAGCCAGCACACUCGCAGCAGAUGCCUUCAGGAUCGCUGGCGCAACCCAGCCGCUCCGUGGCGGGAACAUCCAGCCCGCAGUCCCCGGUCUCCACGUCCCGGCAGGCAGCAGGUCCCCCCCGCAAGGGCUCCGUGGCCUUCAGCCCCGAGGUGGAAACAGGGAAGCCCAAACUCCCAUCAAACAUGUGAGUCCCCGGCGGCACCCGUGCGCAGGCAGGAGGGACCCAGCACCCCGGCGGCGGAGGCGGGAGAGGCAGAGCACCUGGUGAAGGACCCCAGCCCCAGCUGCGUCGAAGGGCAGGCGAGGUGAGGGGCAGCACCCGGGGCCAUGGGCUGGCUGCUGCGGGCAUGGGGGCACAGCAGGGACGGGUGCGGGGCAGCGCCAGAGCUGGUCCAGCUGGAUGAGGAGGGGGCUCUUCUGACUGCCCCAAGGAGGGGACCCUGCCCAGGCUCUCCCCUCCUUGCUCCACCACCAUCGGUCCUGAGCCCUGCUCUCCUCCUGGAGGCAACAGGAUGGGUCAGAGCCCUCACCCAAAUGCCAGCCGCCCUGGGGAGCCUGGCUCCCCGCAGCUGCUCCGCGGGGGCCAGACCCUCGCGCCCCACAGCCUCCCCCUGGGGCCGGUGCUGGCAGCUCCUCUGUUUUCCUCUCUCACCGCCGCACGCCCACCUUGAUCCCCAGCAAGCUCUGCGCAGCACCUUCGCUUUUUGGGGGAGGAGAAAGGGGCAGCCCCCCGGGACCCACAGCUGAGAUUUGGGGGGGCUGGAGCCCACGGUGGGGGUCUCCCUGGAAAGAGAGCGUGGGUACCCAGGGGCAGCAGGGCCCAGGUCCCCCCUCCCUGAGGCCCUGGCAGGUCCUGUGGGCUGUGGUGCCAGGACCUUGGAGGGGUAUGGGACAGGGUCCCCCAGUGUGCCGAGUGCCGAGUGGGGGAGCCGGGGUCAGAAGCGUCUCCCACUGAGCAGCCCCCAGGUGGCUCUCCCAGCUUGGGGGAGCAUCUUGCCUCAGAGGUUCUCGGUCCCCCCUGGGGUUGGGAUGUGCCUCUGGGCAGGGCUGUGCCCCACACCUGGGUGCUGUGGCCUGGACCCUCGCCAUGCUCUGGCAAAGGGGGCAGCCUGGGGCGGGGCGGGGGGCAGCCCAAGGGUGACCCCACUGCCUGCGGCUCUGGGAGAUGCUCAGAGGGGGCAGCCCAGGGGUGACCCCACUGCCUGCGGCUCCAGGAGAUGCUCAGCAUGGGCUCUGCUCCCCCCUGCCCUGCAUUGCGGUCCUGUUUCCAGACUGCCUGGAGAUGCCGGUCACCAGUGCCACAGAGAGCAAAAGGUUGUCACAAAGAGUUGCCAACCUGGGCAGCGCCUGGGUGAUGUGCGAGGCCGUGGGGCUGCCUCCCCUUGCCCUCCUGGGUCUCCUUGUGGGAAGGCAGCAGCCCGGGGUCCCCGCAGCCGACCCACAUUGCCCCUCCAGAGCCAGUAGUCAGCAAUGUGUGUUCGAAUCGUGGCUCUGCCGAGCAGCUGAGCCCUGCUUACAGUGUCGCUUUGGGCCAACCGUGUUAACAGUCCUGGUUAGAGUAGUGUCCCCUCCCAACCCUGCCGCGCUGUGCAAGCUGCUUCCCACUCCUGGAGUCAGGACCCGUGGCUUGUAGUCAUGCUCUGGGGCUUGGCUGCCGCUGCGCGGGGCCUGCCAGACCCCCGGUGCAGCAGGUGAGGGUCUUGUUCCAUGCGGUACUUCUCAAAGUGAAGUCUUCAGUUCUCCCCCUUCGUGUUUUGGGAUGUCGGGACCAGUCCAGACUGCAGGGCUGCUCGGGGAGCCCAGCCUGCGGGGCACAAGCGUGUCCGGCAGAGGAGAUGUCCAACACUGCCUUUUUUUUUUUUCACAGACUUCAACUCCCCUUCCCCACCCGCCCCCACGUCCCGCUCCAUCCCCAUGGUCCGUGUCUCCCCUGCAGCCCCUCGGGAAGGGGUCUGCAGCUGGGCCGCAUAGUCAGACAUUCCCGGGCUGUGUUUACACUGCGUGAUGUAGAUGUUUUAGCCGUCAUCCUAGGUGUCCCCUGCAGAGCAUGUGGGCCAGCUCGGACGGCACCGCACGGCUCUGCUUCUGCCAGCUCACCACCGGUGCUGCCCGCGCUGCAGCCCCGUGGCAGGAGCCAGAGCCACCCUGUGCUCCGGUCGCCGCCGUGGCAGACCCCUUCCACGAGCCACGGUGGCCCCAGCGCCCCAUCCCAGUGGGGAGGCAAGAGGGGGCGGCCGGAGGGGCCGGGGAUGCCGGCCGCGCGCGUGUCUCCGCAGCGUGCGUGGGCGCAAGUCUAGCCACCAAAGACCACGAUCCUUCACUCUUGCACUCACGGCAGUCGAUGUACAGAGCUUGUAGUUUUCAUAUCGCAGAGAAUUUAAAAGCGUUUUUUUAUUUUUGGUUGUUGUACAUAAUGGAUUUAAAUAAUAAAGAGAGAUUCUGAGCUGG